CAGAUUCCCAACCCAGUGACACUGACAGAUGAUGGAGUGAUACUCAUACAAGCCUGCACUGGACGAUUCCUCCUCAAUGUCAGAGGUGCCUCACUACAGGAUGAGGAACAUCACAGUCCUGGCUGCUGCUGCGAUGACGAUAGUGUCCUCAGCUACGAGUGUCACUGGAAGUUUCUUCACAUUGGACUGUGUGAGCAGGGACCUGGCCUUCCUUUGUACAGACACCGCCGAUUAUGACGUUGCAUUGCCCCCAGGAUGCAACGCGGUAGGGACAGGGGGCAACUAUAGCCUCACAACACACUGCUUCGGCGACACGAAAGUCUUUGUGGUCUUCCGUAAACUGAACGAUACCUCCUACCAUCUGACCGGGGGCAGAGGCACGAGGUUAUUCACCGUUACCUGUGAGGAGAAGCUCACGCAAGAUGGGGCACCUGCAACUGUAACAACAGUCGUCAACGUACACGCAGAUGCUACCAACGAUCAUCUGCAUGUACAUGUGCCGGUAUCUGGGCUGACGAUGUUGGUAACGACUGACGAUCCGGCGGAGUCGUCAGCAGAUCUGCACCCUGUGACAGGGGAGGUUAACCUGGGCCAGAAGAUGUUCCUUGUCAUCAGAUCAAAGAAAUCAGGUCAAGGUCAGUUCUUCCUACCUCGUCAUUGCAUAGCCAAGUCAGGCCCUCCCCUAAACCUUACACUCCCUCUGUGGAACGAUACGUCAACACACAGUCACUGCAUCGACCACCCCAGCCUUGCUGACGAGUUCACCGUCUAUAGAAACGGCAGACACGGCUACAACCUGGCGUUUCUUCCAGUCUACGCAUUCUACUUCCAGCAGUUGUACGUCCACAACAACGUCGUCACCUACACCUGCUCCGUCACCGUGUGUCCAGACACUGCAGGACCAGGACACUGUAACCAGGAAUUACAGCGACUAUCUUCCAACAAAACACAGUGCAUCAAGCAGGGACUAGCGACUGCACGGAAACGUCGUGAAGUGGAGUCGACGUCAACAUCGCACACGACGACCCUGUCAGUUACAGUCAGAAUAAGUAACUUCAACCUUGGCCAGGCGAAGGAAGGGUCGUCGUCGUCAGGUGUUGUAAUCAUCGCAGCAACAGGCGGCGUUGUAGUUUCGGUCAUCGUCAUCGUCGUGGUGUGUGCAGUGAUGCGGAUGGUGGUGACAAGACGUCGAAACAAGCAUAAAGGACGUUUACAACGACCAGAAUCUGGGACAGAACUGAGAAAAUUCUGAAUACAGGAAGUCACAGUAUUAAUGUACGUUUUUGUCUGAAGAACAAGCCAAGACCCUUUGUUGUAUUGCUCAGGGUGCCGUUGUACAAAACGAUCUUAGCGCUAAGGUGAUCGUAACUCCCAUACAACACCAUGGUCUUACGACUGGCGCACCGCUAAGGCUGCUAUGUACAACGGCACUCAGAACCACAAUGCAGAGAAAGAAACAAAGAUGUUGUCAGCAUUGUGUCAGAAAACUAGACGAACCAGCAUUGAAAUUGCUAUAUCAUGUGCUAUUAAAACAAUGUCCGUCAGAA